AUGACCCGUGGCUUCUCUCCCAGCCUGCCUGCUGAGUUCCCCAAGAUGGGCUCCUUCCGCAGGCCCAGACCUCGCUUCAUGAGCUCCCCUGUUCUCAGCGAUCUACCACGAUUUCAAGCCACCCGGCAGGCUCUGCAGCUGAGUUCUAAUUCAGCCUGGAACAGUGUCCAGACUGCUGUGAUCAAUGUCUUCAAAGGGGGUGGUCUACAAAGCAAUGAGCUCUAUGCACUGAAUGAAAACAUCAGGCGGCUGUUGAAGAGUGAACUUGGAUCGUUCAUAACAGACUAUUUCCAGAACCAGCUUCUUGCAAAAGGACUGUUGUUUGUGGAGGAGAAGAUUAAGCUGUGUGAAGGUGAAAAUCGCAUUGAGGUUCUGGCUGAAGUCUGGGACCACUUCUUCACUGAGACUCUCCCCACCCUGCAGGCAAUAUUUUACCCAGUUCAGGGCCAGGAGUUGACCAUCCGCCAGAUCUCCCUGCUGGGCUUCCGGGACCUGGUCCUGCUGAAGGUGAAGCUGGGGGACCUGCUGCUGCUGGCCCACCCCCAGCUGCCCUCAUCCAUCGUGCAGAUGUUGCUCAUCUUGCAGCCAGACGCCACUCCAGGGUCCGGCCCAAGGUGA